UGUCUUAUCAACUUUUUUUUUUAUCAUUUUUAAAAAUUAAUAUAAAAAUACAAAUUUUUAUGUUCCUUCAUUUUUUUUUGCUAGAAGUUGAACAUAAAAAGUUGAGAAUGGUAUCCCACUAUGCAAGAAAAACUAAACGACAAACAUGGUCGGAAGAAAGUAUGAAGAAAGCUAUAUUGGCUGUACAAAAUAAAGAAAUGGGGUGGCUUAAAGCUUCCAAAUAUUUCAAUAUACCUCAAGCUACACUUCGUCGUCAUUUUCAUAAUACAAAUAAAAUAGCAAAAGGAAUAGUGAAACAUCUUGGUCGACCAAGUUGUUUGCCAUCUAUGGUAGAAAAAAAAUUGAUUGACCAUAUUUUAAACUUGGAGUCUAGAUUUUUUGGAAUGACUGUCCAAGAAGUAAAGAAAAUGGCUUAUGAUUUUGCCGAAGAAGCUCAUAUUCCACAUAACUUUAAUAAAGAAAAGAGAGAAGCAGGGUGGGACUGGUUAGCUGGGUUUCGUAAAAGAAAUCCACAGCUAUCAUUACGUUCUCCGGAACCAACAUCAGCUGCCAGAGCACAAGCUUUUAACAAGCCACAGGUACACAAAUUUUUUAAUCUUUUUUUUGACACUAUGCGCAAUGAAAACAUAUCAGUUGAAAAAAUAUAUAAUAUGGAUGAAUCUGCAUUGACAACGGUACAAAAGCCAUCAAAGAUAUUUGCUCAAAAGGGCAAAAAACAAGUAGGUGUAUUAACAAGUGCCGAACGUGGGCAGCAUGUUACAGUGGUUUGUUGUAUAGGUUCAUCUGGGCAAUGUGUACCCCCUGCUCUCAUUUUUCCCAGAAAAACAUUUAAUGCUAAUUUGUACGAUGGAGCCCCUCCAGGUACUUUGAAAAUGUAUCAGGACACAGGUUAUAUGACUGGGGAAUUAUUUAUUGAAUGGAUGAACCACUUUAUAAGGAAUGUUAAACCUAGUCUUGAAGAAAAAGUGUUAUUACUUCUAGAUGGCCAUUCAAGUCACAAAACAGUAGAUGCACUUGAACUUGCUAAAAAGUCAGGUGUUGUUUUACUUUGUCUACCUCCUCAUUGCACGCACCGACUUCAACCUUUGGAUGUUGGUAUUUUUGGUCCUCUUGAUGUAUAUUUUAACCAAGAAAUAGAAAUUUGGUUAAAGGCUAAUGCAGGCCGAACAGUUGGACUCUAUCAAAUAUCUAACAUUUUUGGUCGUGCUUUUGUAAAAACAGUUACAAUGAAGAAUAUUUUGUCAUCAUUUCAAGCCUGCGGUUUAAAUCCAUAUAACCCAGAUAUCUUUCCAGAUCAUUUAUUUGCUCCAAGUUUGACAACAAAUAAUUUGAAUUUUGAAGAACCUACUAAUAAUACAAAUAUACUUUCUAAAGAACAAAAUGAAGUCAUUUUUCCAAGUACUGAAGAUACUGAAGAUAAUGUGAAUAAUGUGACUGUUGUAGACAUAGAUACAAAUUUUCAGACUUCUCCAUUACUUUUGCCAAUGCCUGCUUGUUCAAACACAGAAACAAACCUAAAUACUGAAAAUAUUUCUAAAAUAAUACAAAAAAUUUCACCUUUGCCUAGCUGUUCCUUUGCUGGCCCUAGAAAAUCAAAUAAAAAUAGAUCUACAGGAACUCAAGCAGUUAUGAAGAAUCCACAUAUUAAGAAUAUAAAAAAGAAACAAGAAAAAGUAAUUAGAAAAUCAAAAAGACCAGUAAAUCGCAAAUUAUUUUUAGAUGUUCCAACUGAAAACGAUGCUCAAAGUGAAGCUGAUGAUGUUGAUAAUGAUGAAGAUGAAGUUGCUUGUCUUUAUUGUAAUGAUUUAUACAAACAUUCUAAAUCUAAUGAGACAUGGAUACGUUGUAAUUUCUGUAAAAAAUGGGCGCACACAGCCUGUGCAGGUAUUGAUUUUGGAGUAAAAUAUUUUGAAUGUGAGUUAUGUCAAGAAGACUGA